GCAGCAGCACCAGCAGGAGGUGUUCUCUCUGUUGCUCGGUGUGGUGGUGGUGGUGCUUCGUGUUCGGUUCGCGCGCGCCGACUGACGACACAUCUCCACGGCCGACGGACAGCGACGGACGCGGGCCCAGCCGGCGCGAAAUGGGCCGUGUUCUCUUGUAGCGAGACCGCCGCCGCCGCCGCCGCCGAGUAGACGCCGCCGACCAGCGGGUUACUGCAGAGAAUGGCUAGUUUCAAGGAGUGGCCGUCGUUCUUGAUGGUAUUUUUGUUUGCGCACUUUGCUCAAUAUUGCUGCAAUCGACUUGAGGAUGAUGGGUGCAAUUAUAAUGGAAAUUCUCAACACAGAUGUAUUCCAAAAGUCAACUAUAGGCACAAAGAAAAAGAAGUUCUUGAUCAAAUUCUAGGUCCAGGAAGCUACGAUGCUAGGAUCCGUCCUUCAGGAGUUAAUGGCACAGGCGACUCUCCCUGCAUUGUGUUUGUCAACAUGUUGGUACGGUCCAUCAGCAGAAUUGAUGAUUACAAAAUGGAGUACAGUGUGCAACUGACGUUCCGCGAACAAUGGAUGGACGAGAGGCUAAAAUUUAACGAUUACAACGGUAAAAUGAAAUACUUAACUUUAACUGAAGCCAGCAGAGUGUGGAUGCCCGACUUGUUCUUUUCUAACGAGAAGGAAGGUCAUUUCCAUAAUAUAAUUAUGCCGAACGUGUAUAUCAGAAUAUUCCCUAAUGGAUUAGUGUUAUACAGUAUAAGAAUAUCACUUACUCUAUCAUGUCCAAUGAAUCUCAAAUUAUAUCCACUGGAUCGGCAAACGUGUUCACUCCGAAUGGUCAGCUAUGGUUGGACAACUGAUGAUUUAGUAUUUUUAUGGAAAGAAGGUGAUCCAGUGCAAGUGGUAAAAAAUUUACAUUUGCCCAGAUUCACUUUAGAAAAAUUCCUCACGGAUUAUUGCAACAGCAAAACUAACACAGGGGAGUACAGCUGCCUGAAAGUGGACCUGCUGUUCAAGCGCGAGUUCAGUUACUACCUGAUCCAGAUCUACAUACCGUGCUGCAUGUUGGUCAUCGUGUCGUGGGUGUCGUUCUGGCUGGACCAGAGCGCUGUGCCGGCGCGCGUAUCGUUGGGCGUCACCACGCUGCUGACGAUGGCCACGCAGACGUCCGGCAUCAACGCGUCCCUGCCGCCCGUGUCCUACACCAAGGCCAUCGACGUGUGGACGGGCGUGUGCCUGACGUUCGUGUUCGGCGCCCUGCUCGAGUUCGCGCUGGUCAACUACGCGUCCCGGUCGGACACGCACCGGGACGACAUGAGCAAAAAGUGCGACCUGGAGCGCACCGUGUCCAUGGACGUCGGCGACUACGAGGACGGCCCGAAUUCGUUCAAUAUGGUGAGGUCGAAUAGUACGAAGCCGCUGAUGCGCCCCGAGCUGAUGAUGUCCCGGGACAAGAUGAGCCAGAUCAUCCACCAGGCGCCGCCGAUGGAGAAGAACUCGUGCUGGAAGUCGUGGAUGUCCAAGUUCCCCACCAGGUCCAAGCGCAUCGACGUCAUAUCCCGCAUACUGUUCCCGAUGGUGUUCGCCAUGUUCAACAUGUCCUACUGGUCAACGUACCUGUUCCGCGAGGGCAUUGACGAGGACAAGUAAUUUAUUAUACAACGCCGAGUCGCCGCCACCACCGCCGUCGUUAUUAUUAUUAUAUUAUAUUGAUAUUAUUAUUAUUAUUAUUAUUAUUAUUAUUAUUAUUAUUGUCACCCGCGACACGUCAAUUAUAAAUGACGCGCGUCUUGCGUAUAUUUGGAUUUCCGUUUUGCAUCAAACGAUUUCCAUUAUACGAUCUAUUUUGUUCGUUUAUUUUAUAAUUUGUAAUUAUUGUUAUUUUGUUCUAAUGGUUCAUCGAGUAUGUUUUUAUUUUAUUUUAUUUUUUUUUUUUUACACACGAAUCUCGUAGUGUAGCCAAAAUCUUCUCUCAACUUGAAGUGCAUUUACUCGCAUCGAUAUACAAUUAUUAUAAUUAAUAGUAAAAUCAACCAGAUCUCCCGAACUAUAAUAUAUGAUUAAUAAAAUAAUAUAAAUCUUGUCCACUCCACAUUAUUAUAUAUUGAUUACCAUCUCAA